AAAGAAAAAAACAAAUCAACCAAACCCCUCAUUUCCAAAUUCCAAUCCCUCUCUCUCUCUCCCUCCUCGGAGAAAUCGAUCGCCUCUUCUAUGGCGACUGUUCUCCCUCCCGAAAUCGAAACCGAAAUCCUUCUCUGCCUCCCCGCAAAGUCCCUCCAACGGUUCACCGCCGUCUGUAGAUUAUGGCAUUCAGUCAUCACUUCCUCCACCUUCAUCGCCACCUUCAACCACCGCGCUUCCCUCCACCCUCAACUCCUCCUCCUCAAACACCCUUAUCCCCACCUCCACCGCCUCCUCUCUCCGUCCCUAACCACCAUCCACUUUUCUCUCUCUUCCGACUCGUUCCUCGAGUUGACCUCCCUCAAAGUCCCCCAUAAAUCACACCAUCCUGUUGAUGAUGACGACGACAAUGAUAGAAUGCGACCCACAAGAGUCGAACUCGUGACCUCCAACUCCAUUAACGGGAUUCUAUGUGUUCUUGUGCACAAGGGUCUCUCAGAAGGAAUGGUGAUCGAUUGCGACUUGUUUUUAUGGAACCCAUCGACGAGUGAGUCGUUGAAGGUCCCGAGUUCGACGAUUACUGGGUUGUUCUCCGGACCUCCAAUGGUGAAAUUCUAUUGUGGGUUUGGGUUUGGUGAUGGUGAUUAUAAGGUGAUUAGGGUUUUAGACUCGGUUCAAUUGAUUGCAGAGGUGUAUUCAUUAAGGGAGAAUUGCUGGAGGAAAAUAUCUGGUUCAGACAUUUCGUCGAACAUAUUGUGGGCAAGUUCAACAUGUACGUUUGUUGACGGGGUUGGGUAUUGGGGGGCGUAUAGGAGAGAGAGGAAGGAUAAGUUCUUUGUAUUGGGGUUUGAUUUUGAAACGGAGCGUUUUGAGAAGAUUAAGACUCCGAUUGAGUGUGUUGAUGGGGAUGAGAUGAGGUACCAUUCUUUGUGGGUUUAUAGAGGGAUGUUGGCGAUCUCUGUGCUUCGUUUUGGGGAGUUCGAAUCGAGAGUAACUAGGCAUUACAUUUGGGUAAUGAUGGGUGAUGAAGGUUUGGAUGAUAAACAUAAGAAUUGGUGUAGGUUGUUUAACAUUGAUUUGGAAGGUGGGCCUAGGAAGCCUAUGGCAACAUUGGGGAAUGGUGAGGUGUUGUUGCUUGGGGAAGAUGAUGGUGAACAUGCUUUGUAUGAUCCGGAAUCGGAACAAGUUAGGAGGGUUGAUGUCUUUGAUGUUGAUGCUGUUGCUUCUUAUGUUGAGAGUCUGGUCUCAUUUGGUAUGUUGAUUGGCACGGCCGAGGUAGCUGUUUCACUUGAUUAAUACAAGAAAUGGUGGACCAAAGAAGGGAGUGUUAUUGGGAUGUAUUCAUCAGCAAGGAAGUAGAGGAUGUGGAGAUGGAUCCUGAACUUGUACAGAUGGUGGGUUGAAACAAAGUGUAAAUGGCGAAUUUUCGCGCUGCCUGGUAGCGGGCUUGUGUUUGGGUUCUGAUGAGAUUUCAGGUCCGUUCCUAUAGACGCUUUUAGUGAGAUGAUAUGGUUUCGAUUGUAAUAAACAGGGCUUGUAUAGAAUAACUAUGUUAAAUUAUCCAAUACUCAUCUCUUAUUCCUGGUUUGAUCCAUGAGAGUGGUGAUAAGCUUGCGAUAUUGGUCUGUACGUUAUACACCUUUGUAAUGCUUUUCAAUGUUGUUGUAUAGCAAAUUACAUGUAGGCUUAUUAUUACAGUAGUUCUGUAUACAGUUAUAUGGAGCAACCCUAAGUUUGUGACUACACAUUCUUAUA